GAUCAAUUCAUGCUUUCAAUUUCAUCACUCGCUCAUUUGACUGUUGACUACAUCACCGCAUUUCCAUUUCCUUCACCACCACCUCCUCCGUCCACAACCGCUCCGCCGUCCACCGCCGUGCCCUCGGAAAAAGAAACAAACUUCCUUACAAUCAUGUGAAGAUAGAGAGAGAGAGAGAGAGAGAGAGAGAGAGAGAGAGAAACCCAAAAAAAAACGCAAUAAGAGAAUCAGAAUAAGAAUGAGAGCAGAAACAUUGACGCUCGUGCUGGUAAAUCUGGCGGGAAUAAUGGAAAGAGCCGACGAAUCAUUGUUACCAGGGGUGUACAAAGAGGUGGGCGAAGCACUGCACGCGGGGCCCACCGGGCUUGGAUCAUUGACCCUGUUUCGGUCGAUGGUGCAGGCUUUUUGCUACCCUUUAGCCGCUUACUUGUCGGCCCGACACAAUCGGGCCCACGUCAUUGCUUAUGGUGCUUUCCUUUGGUCUGCCGCCACCUUCCUCGUCGCCAUCUCCUCCACCUUCUUACAGGUAGCUUUAUCAAGAGCUUUGAAUGGGAUAGGGCUGGCGAUAGUUGCGCCUGCAAUUCAGUCGCUUGUAGCAGACUCGACCGAAGACAGCAAACGCGGUACCGCUUUCGGUUGGCUCCAGGUCACUAGCAACAUCGGUUCAAUUAUCGGCGGAUUAUUAUCUUUACUAAUCGCACCCCUCACUUUGAUGGGAAUCUCCGGCUGGAGAAUCGCCUUUCAUCUCGUUGCCCUAAUCAGUGUCGCUGUAGGUGUACUAGUUCGCUUAUUCGCCACCGACCCCCACUUUUCAAAUACCGAAAGUAGUAACAACAGAGUUUCUUCUAGAAGGUCCUUCAAAUCCGACGUGAAGGAUCUUCUUCGAGAGGCUAAAUCCGUAAUUAAGAUCCCUUCUUUUCAGAUAAUCGUAGCUCAGGGUGUUACGGGUUCUUUUCCUUGGUCUGCUUUGUCCUUUGCGCCUAUGUGGCUUGAGCUGAUUGGUUUCUCUCACGAGAUGACAGCUGUCCUUAUAGGUACUUUUGUGGUUGCAAACUCUCUUGGCGGUUUGUUUGGAGGUGUGAUGGGUGAUUUUUUGUCGGAGCGUUUUCCGAAUUCGGGUCGUAUAAUUUUGUCGCAGAUAAGUUCGGGUUCGGCUAUACCUCUUUCUGCACUUCUUUUGCUUUUUGUGCCGAACGAUCCGUCUGCUUUGUUCUUGCAUGGUUUGGUCCUUUUCGUUACGGGUUUCUGCAUUUCUUGGAACGCUGCAGCCACAAACAAUCCGAUAUUUGCAGAGAUAGUCCCGGAGAAAUCCCGAACGAGUAUCUACGCUUUGGACAGGUCAUUCGAAUCCGUGUUAUCCUCAUUCGCUCCACCUACCGUUGGAUUACUGGCUCAAUACGUGUACGGAUAUAAGCCAGUUCCGGAAGGUUCCGAAGAUAUCUCUACAGACAGAGAGAACGCCAAAUCAUUGGCAAAGGCUCUUUUUGCAGCAAUAGCCGUACCUAUGGCUUUAUGCUGCGUCAUUUACUCUUUCCUCUACUUUACCUAUCCGAGAGAUCGACAUCGUGCUCGAAUUGAAGCCAUUGUAGAAUCGGAAAUGCAGCUCAUAAAAUCGGACAUGUUGGAUUCUAGAGGAAUCGAUCUUCGGAUUCGAUCGUCUGAAAUUGAAGAACUUAACAUUGAUGAUAGAACUAUCACUGAAAUGCCUCUCGAUUAUGAUGAUAGCGAUGAACGGACAUUAAUUCCUCGAAGGUAAAUAACAGCCAUGUACACAAAAUCAUAGUUGUUUUUUUUUUUUACAUCGAAGAAUUCGAGCUUUUUUGUUGUAUAUUACCGAACUGUCGAUGAAACCGACUAAAUCAAAAUAGUUCAUUCACCAUCUUGCGAAAAAUGGGGCAAUUGCUUAAUUCAUUUUUUCAAUCAAAUGUGGUUAUUCCAGUUUCAUCUUAAUGUGAA